AAUUGGAUUUAUUGAGCAGAGAGUUUGCUUAGUUGUGCCAAUUUAUUCCUAUAUUUUACUUGGGUUAUAUUUAUUAUUAAGUGUAAACAACAACAAUAUGUUCAGCAGCAAUACAGCUCGUGGUUUAUUGCGUACUAGUCUCUUACACCGUUGCAAGAGUACUUUGGUGUUGGCCGAGCAUAACAAUGAGGCAUUGAAUCCUGCCACUUUGAAUACCAUUGCCGCCGCUAAGAAGAUCGGUGGUGACGUCACAGUCUUGGUAGCAGGCACUAAAUGUGGACCCGCCUCGGAAGCUUUGUCUAAGGUGGAGGGUGUUGCCAAGGUGUUGGUAGCUGAAAAUGAGGCCUUCAAAGGUUUCACUGCCGAAUCCUUGACUCCUUUGGUAGUGGCUGCCCAACAACAAUUCAAAUUCACCCACAUUUUGGCUGGCGCAACGGCUUUUGGCAAAAAUGUUUUGCCCCGUGUGGCUGCUAAAUUGGAUGUUUCCCCAAUUUCGGAAAUUAUCGAUGUCAAGAGUGAGGACACCUUUGUGCGCACCAUUUAUGCCGGUAACGCAAUUAUGACUUUGCGCUCUAAGGAUCCCGUCAAGGUAAUUACCGUACGUGCCACCAACUUUGCCCCUGUAGCAGCCACCGGCGGCAGUGGUGCCAUUGAACAGGCGCCAGCUGGUGAAUAUGCCCAAAAUUUGAGUGAAUUUGUCAGCCAUGAGUUGACCAAAUCUGACCGUCCUGAAUUGACCAGCGCCAAGGUGAUUAUCUCUGGUGGUCGUGGCUUGAAAUCCGGCGACAACUUUAAAAUGUUAUACGAUUUGGCUGAUAAAUUCGGUGGUGCUGUGGGUGCUUCCCGUGCUGCUGUCGAUGCCGGCUAUGUGCCCAAUGACUUGCAAAUCGGUCAAACUGGCAAAAUCGUUGCCCCCGAUCUAUACAUGGCUGUGGGUAUUUCUGGUGCCAUCCAGCAUUUGGCUGGCAUGAAAGAUUCCAAGACCAUUGUGGCCAUCAACAAGGAUCCCGAGGCUCCAAUCUUCCAAGUAGCCGAUAUUGGUUUAGUGGCUGAUUUAUUCAAGGCUGUGCCCGAAUUAACUGGCAAAUUGUAAUUUAACAACAGAGAUUAACUAAACAGUAAUUUACCAUCCUCCAACAAAAAAAAAGAAGUCGUUCAACAAGUUAAACUUGUGGUCGAUCGGCAUAAUUGUCUGCCUGUUUGUUUUAUAAUGAAUGGCCAGUGUGAUUGGAAUCUAGAGUGCAUUUAUUAAUAACCAAUUAGUUAAAUUUUAAGUCUAACCAAAAGUUGUAAGUUUUAUUUUGUUUUUCAUAUUUUUUUAUGCAAAAAAGUCAUCCUACAAAAAAGUGUGAAUAUUUUUUUUUUGCUUUAAGAAUAAAAAGCUUUUUCAAAUCUUAUAGAAAACAAAAACAA